AUGACCUCCCAAUCGGCACUAUCCUAUGAAGAGCCGGGAAUCCGGACGAUUCUGAUCCAAUCGGGAUUCCUUCUAGUUCUCAAUUUCGCCAACUCUAUCCUGGAUAAAUUGGUGUAUUGUGGCUUGAUCGGACAGAUCUUCAUCGGAGUGGCUUGGGGAAUGCCCGGCGCACAGUGGCUGACCCUCGAAGCCCAAGAAAUGAUGCAACAAUUGGGCUAUCUUGGCCUUUUACUUCUCGUAUAUGAAGGUAAUAUUGAAUUCUGUGCCUCGUUUUGCUCGCAAUUUUAUACGUUAUGA